GUCGUCGCCGGAGCUGGCGGCGCCCAACGGCGGCGGGAGCAGCUCGGCAGGGGUCACCGCUUCGAGGCCGCCGCCGUUGUCGCGGCCGGACGCGGUGAUGCUGGAGCAACCACCGCCCGUGCCCUACCUCUUCGUGCCGCAGGAGUGAUGCGUAUACCUGGAUGUAUCCUGCAGAUCUGUCGAAGGACUGCAACUUAUAGAUCUUUGUGAUGUUCUCAAAGAAUGGAAUCUUGUUCAGGAUAACAGUGCACCAUGCAAACAUAUAAAAAAAAAGGAUCGAAAAAAAGAAAGAUAAAGAGAUAGGCAGUGCCACAAAAAUAUUACAGAGGGAUUUGGCUGCACCUGGAUUCUGCAAACGGAUUUGGUAGUUCUGAAUCUCGGAUUGGGUUGGGUAUAGUGGAUAAGUAGGCCCCCACAUAUAUACUUAUUUAAUCCUUCUGUUAGAUAUUUAGCUGCGGUAGCAAAAGUGACUAGAUUUGUAAGUAUUUUUGAUUGUUCCAUUUUUCGUCCACUCCACAUUGUGACAAAACGUCUUGGUUUGAGGGCAUGUGUUCUCUUUGAAUGCAUACUGCGGUUCGACAGUCAACGAUUUACAUUGUAGAACAGAUUGCUUGCUCUUGGUUCUUGGAUGGUCCCCAUAGAAGGGGGAGAUGUUAGGCGCCAUGAUCUAGAAAUGUGAUUCACUAUCAGAAAAGCUUCUCGGAAAGAAUCAUGUGAUUUCAACACAAGUACGGUACUUUAUUUGAGGCUGCUUAAAUGUGACCAUUAGUUAGACCUGCAGCUGCACAUUGUAGUAUUUGACUGCAUCAUUUGAUUAUCUCCUCACCUGCAAUUUACAUGAGACACAGAUGGCUGCCGCUUGGAGCAUUAAGCUAGUUCCAGUGACUCCACUUCAGAGACCUACUGAAUUUUCUCCUGUUUUCAACCAUUCACCGAUAAAUGGAGCAGACGAGUCCACCACCAACCACUCCCAGGAGAAGGGGAUUCCAACUCUGAUUACAUGGAGUCAAGGAGGAAAUGAGGUGUUUCUGGAAGGAUCAUGGGAUAACUGGACAUCGAGGAGAGCAUUAGAGAGGUCUGGCAAAGAUCACACCAUCUUACUGGUUCUGCCGUCUGGAGUAUAUCAUUACCGGAUCAUUGUGGACGGGCAAUUGAGAUACAUCCCUGAGCAACCUUGUGUAACUGAUGAGAGAGGACAACUGGCCAACCUCCUCGAUGUCCAUGAUUAUGUGCCCGAAAGUCUCGACAGCGUAGCUGAAUUUGAGGCACCUCCAUCACCUGAGCACAGCUACGACCUGCAAUAUCCGGGUGACGAGGAAUUCGCCAAGGAGCCACCCACCCUCCCUCCCCAACUUCUCAUGUCUGUCCUUGGUGAUACUGAUAACAUGGAUGAUCAAGCUCCAAAGCCACAGCACGUCGUCCUCAACCAUCUGUUCAUCGAGAAAGGGUGGGGAUCGCAGUCGCUGCUCGCCCUUGGAGUCACUCACCGGUUUGAAUCCAAGUAUGUGAGCUUUGUGCUCUACAAACCUCUGAGGAGGUGAUACUGCUGAAGAAGAAAGGAGUAGCUGACAUGGUAGUAUUGUACAGAAGGGAACUGCAGGAUCCCCUAGCUGUUCUUUUUUUUAGUAUGCUUCUGAAAGUAAUAAAUCGGUUUAGUCGCCUGUGCUGUUCGAGAAAAUGAAAAUUAUUGGUCUGAAAAGGACUUCCCUCCAUGUAAAAUUAUGUGGUCUGAAAAUUGUUGGAGUCAUGCAUUGUGCAGAUAUCUGGUCUCUGUUCUGUGCUGUAGAGAUAACGAAAGAAAGCAGAUAGUGAGACCAGCAAAUCAGUUAGCAACUUGGUUGUAUCGCAUGGAUAAAGCUGAUGUGUCGAUUUGCUGGAGAAAGGAAGUGGUCGAUGUUUGACGUUGAUGGCCACCAUACAAACAAAGAGGUAAAGAUAACGUUGCGCGAUCACAAGCUACCUGGAAUUGUCAAGAAGGUACGAUGGUGACAGUGGCAACUGGCCAUCAAAGAGCUGCUCCUUGUCAGUAGCGGUGGAUCUCCAAGAUACUAGAAAAAAUCGCGGCGUUGCCGCUUGUGGGCAGUGAACAUGCCCAUUGUAUUACUGAAGUUGAUGGUUAGUUCAGCCAAAGAUAAAUUUUGCAUACUCCAAA